AUGCUGCCAUGCUUCCAUUUCUGUAUUUCACCUCUUUUUUGCUUCUGCUGUUUGCUCAUUUUACCUCUAGGUCUCCUUUGCCCUUCCGUUUGUAUAUGUUUGGACUAUCACACAAUAGAUUGCAGGGACCAAGGACUUCCAAGACUCCCCAACCUCUUCCCCUUGGAUAUAAGGAAACUGCUUGCAGCCAACAACCACAUACAAUCGAUCCCGGCGGAUCUGUUUUUAUUUUGCGUGGAUCUGGUCUAUCUGGAUCUCAGGAACAACUCCUUGACCUCUCUGGAAGAGGGCACCUUCAGCAGUUCUACCAGGCUGGUGUUUCUGGAUUUAAGUUACAAUAAUCUGACGCAGCUCGAUGCUGGGAUUUUUAAAUCGGCAGGGAAGCUGAUAAAGUUAAGCCUGGGGAACAACAAUCUUUCGGAGGUGCAUGAAGAUGCCUUUGAGAACUUGGAAUCUCUUCAGGUCUUGGAACUGAAUGACAAUAACUUCCAAAGUUUAAGUGUCAGUGUACUAGAAUCCUUGCCAUCGCUUCGGACUAUCCGCUUAGAGGGUAAUCCCUGGGUAUGUGACUGUGAAUUUGCCAACCUCUUUUUUUGGAUUGAUGAAAAUUCUAAUAAACUGCAAAAAGGUGUGGAAGAAAUUCAGUGCACAUUAGAGGACCGCAAAGUCUUCCUUCAUGAGCUGUCCAAUAUCAGCUUCAGCGAAUGCAAGUUCACCUUAUCACUGACAGAUUUUUUAAUCAUUAUAUUUUCUGGAGUUGCUGUAUCCAUUGCUGCCAUUUUUUCCAGCUUCUUCCUGGCUACCACUGUGCAUUGUUUUCAAAAAUGUGCCCCAAACAAGGAUGAAGAUGAGGAUGACGAUGACUGAGGACCUUUCGCAAUGACUUGAACAUCA